AUGGUGACAAAGUCGAGGAAAAGCCGUCCUGGCUUCGUAGCUGAUCUUGUCAGACGUGGCCAGUUGAGCUCAAAACCUCUCAAAUAUGAGUUCCCAUUUAAUAAUCCAUUGGUGAAGGUCGGUAAGAGCAAUUCAACUGUAGAGAUGUGUGGAAAAGUGUAUCGCUUAGCUCCAGUUACUCAGACUCAAGAGCAGCAAGCUUUCCAUCAGAAAAGGAGAUCUAGAGCAUACCAGUGGAAGAGACCAACUGUGUUCCUUAAGGAUGAGGAUUCCAUACCUCCUGAUGUAGACCCCGAUACGAUCAGAUGGAUUCCAGCCAAUCAUCCUUUUGCAACCACUGCAGCUGACAUUGAUGAAGACCUGGCACAAAAGAAUGUGCUUCAGAAGCAUGGUGUUCCAUUUCGUAUUCAGGCUGAGCGUGAGGCACUGCAGAGGAAGCUUUAA